AUGCUGAACAACUUGCGAAUCCGAUCCCUGAUCUAUGCCGUCCUUGGCGCCGCUCAAGUCGCUGUCUUUGCCUCUGCGUCGGUUGUUGACCCUGGUGUGUACGUUAUCCGAAACGUAGCUUUCCCUAAUAAGGUCUUGGACGAGAACAAAGCCCACGCCACUGGUGGAUGGGUCCUUAAUGGAGGCGCCAACCAAAAGUGGCUCUUGAUUCCUCUUCCAGACUACGGAACAAUCUUUACGAUCCAGAACUGCGCAUCCAAACGCUAUCUUCACAAUUCGGGUCAGAGUGUCACUACAGUUCCUACAAGUGGUACUCCAUAUUGGUCUAUCUCAGAUUUGGAGGAAGCCGUGAAAGAGUUCUUUGUUGUCUCUAUGGACAACCCUGUCAACAGAGGCCUUACAAUGACCGGAGGCACCUCAAUCACCGCUGAGGAGGAAUCAGGGGAUACUAAUCAAAGAUGGCGCUUCCAGAAUGUUGGAAACAGUUGCCCACCUUGA